GAUCAAGAAUUAAUCAAUGUUACAUUAGAAGCAUUUCAUAAUCUAUCCAAAAAUACUGAUAUUCGUACAAUUAUGAAAAAUCGUCAAUUAACCUCAAUCUUUUACAAUUAUAUAUCCACUGAAAAUGCUGAACAACAGAAGUUAGGACUUAGUAUUCUUGCAGAAAUUAUGGAUGAAAAAGAAAUAAAUGAAAAGCCAAAUGAAAUUACUAGUGUAUUUAUUGAUCAUCUCAAACAACUUAAUCUAAAUGAGUACGAUCCCAAUAUGGAUAGUACUCUUGCAAGUCUUAAAGUAUUAAUGCAACAUGAACAAAUCAAAAAUAGAUUUGUUCAACAAAAUGGUCUAAAUAUAUUAGUUUCUUUCAUCCGUGAUGGUGAUUCAAGCAAACAAUCUGACAAACAACAAGAAAAAGCUCUCAAAAUUCUUUGGUUAAAUACCUUCAAUAAUCUUCAUGUUAUAAAUAUGCUUCAACAAGAUUUGAAACUAAUGACACGAGUUAAUGAUAUCUAUCAUCAUGCAACAGAAUAUGGAAAUAUGACAUUAGAAAAAGCAGCUGAAGGAUUGAUUUGGAAAGUUGAAGAAGAAGAGAAAUUUAAAAAACAACAAGAUGCUGAAGCUGAACGAAAAAGAGAAGAGAAAAAACAGAAAGCGAAAGAAAGUGGUGUUGAAGAAGAAGAAGAGGAAGAACAAUAUGAUCUAAUGAUAUCAUAUUCAUGGGCAGAUAUGGAUUUAGCUCAUCGUAUUUUUCAUCAUUUAACCGACAAACUAGGCUAUACAAUAUGGCUUGGUCAAGAACAAAUGCAUGGAUCAACAAUUCAAGCAAUGGCAAAUGCAGUUGAUAAUGCUCAGUUUAUUCUUAUGUGUAUGUCAGACACAUAUAAACGAAGUGCAAAUUGUCAAUCAGAAGCUGAAUAUGCACAUAAUCGUAAAAAACAUAUUGUACCAUGUAAAAUGAAAAAAGAUUAUAACCCUGAUGGAUGGUUAGGUUUUAUAUUGGGUACACGAUUGUAUAUUGAUUUUGGA